AAGUGUUACUGUGAAUCAAAAAAAAAAAGAAACACUUUAUAAAGUUUUUGUUUUGGUCGAUCGAAUUCGGAGUUGAGAAAUGAAAAAUAUUGAAUGUGUGUCAAUGUGAAUUUCCAUUAAGUUUCUGUGUUUUCGGUGAAAAAAUAAAAAAUAUCAAAAUUUGAAUAUCAAAAAAAUUCAAGAAAAAGAAAUAAAAAGAAUAUUUUUAUGGAUGCUGAUCACAUAAAAGAUACAGUAAAUUGCACGUAAUAACAUCGAUACAUAGUUAUGGAAAGGAAAUGAGAAAUAAAGAAUGAGAAUUGCUGUGUUGAUUCAUCAGUAUUCAUGAUAGAACAUUAUGUGUGGAUAGAAUAUUAAUAUAUUGAAGAAGUUUUCAAUUAUUUGAAUAAAGCUAGCUGAAUGUUAUAAUUGUAAGGUCUGAGAACGAAAGGCAUCAUAAAUAAGACUCAACAGAUCAAUUGAAGAAGAUCUAUGGCACCAAGUAGAAGAAGAAGAUCAUAAAAAAUAAAUAAUAACAAUAAUUUCACAUAGUGCGUAAAAAAGGUGAAAGAAAAAAAAGAUCAUAAAAAGAAGCAUCAAGUCAAUGGACUUAAGUGAAGUAAAAGAGAAAAAAAAAUGUGAAUUAUUGGAAAAGGCGACAGUGCAAGUGAAAUUCCAUAACAAGGAAGAAAAAAAAGUCCGAAAGUGAAUAAAGUAAAGAAGAAAAGUUACAUAAAAAGUGCAACGUAUAGCAUAAUAAUAAUAAUAAAGUUAUAACAUUGCCAUAAUAAUAAUAAUACCUCAUUUGGGGUAUUAAAAAAGGCACCAUCCAAAUAUACAAGAGAGUGAAAACUGCACAAAGUCGUGUAGAAAGUGUACAUUUUAAGCAUAAGUCGCAGAAGAAGUGCAAUAAUAUUAUUUGCUGAUGUCUACAAUGAGACUAUGAAAUGGAAAACAACAACGAUCCAUAUGAGGAGCUUGAAAUCUACUUAAAGCAAAUAAACACUGAAAUAUCUGAAGUGUUUGAUAAACUUCAAGUAAAUGAAAGUGAUAGUGCGAUAGAAGUAACUGAUACUGUUGACAGCAUCAGCAGUAACAGCGGCAAUGACUCACCGCAACAGCUCAAACCAAUAAUAUCCAUAAAAGCAGAACGACCAAGCAUUUGUAACACAAAUCAUAAUAAUAAUGGCAAGCAUGACAUCGAUGAUUGGAACUCAUUGGCCCAAUUUGAGAAUUUCAUCAAAUUGGAAAUGGAAAAUUUGGAGACAGCUGCCAAAAGUAAUCAAGAGAGACUAAAUAAUACAACGACAACAGUGUCAACGACAGCCGUCAAGAACAACAUUUUAAAACCGGAAAAACAUGUAACAAUUCCACUGCAGUCAUUUUCUAAUAAAACAAAAUGCAUCACGAAUAUUAAUAACUGUCAUGAGAAUCUAAAUGAUAAUGUUGAGGAGAAUGAAAUUCACACAACAAACAAUAACAACGGCAGUGCUAAAAACAAUAACAACAGCAUCAUCAGUGACGUUCUUCAAGCGGUUAAAACAAAUCAAAUACAAACGAGCAUAACACCGGGUUCAUCGAAUGAUUCCAUUUUGAAAAGUAUCGAUGAGGAUAAUAAAUCAACAAGUUCGUCUGUCUCAACAUCGUCGGCAUUUGAGGACUCGACGAAUUUGUAUUCAGAAAAGUCUGAAAGUUCGAUUAGUUCCAUAAAUAAAAUUAAUGAGGUGUGUAAGCUAAUCGAGUCGAGUACGAAGAUUGAGAAUGAUGUAGAUGAUGCACUUGAGGUGUUGAGCUCAUACGAUAAUGACAGCGGAAAUGACGAGUUUGAUGAGAAAGGAUUUAAUAACUUUAGUUAUAGCUCGUCCGAUUCGAGAUGUGUUGAUAAGAGAUUUAAAAAUUAUUACAAUAGCUUGCCAUUGAUGCGAGUAAAAAAGAAUAACAAUCAAGGCAGUAACAAUACGACAACACAAUUUAAUUCCAUAAAACGUCAACGACAUUAUGUUGAUGGAUCAAUGGAACAAGAGCCUUUUCAUGAUGAUAUUAAAGUUAUUAGUCAACCAUCGCCAUCGCCGAGCUCAUGGUCGAGUGAUUCAAAUAUGAUACAACAGCAAAAUCUAUCAACUAAAUCCAGUUCCGUUCCGAUGCUUGUAAGGCGCGAUCAAUUUCUUGAGGAUUUUAACAAAUUAACGGUUUUGCGGAAUUCGCGGUCACAAAGCGAUCGCUAUCUUUGUGAAAUUCAGGCAGCAGAAGCAAUGAAAUGGCUACGAGAAGCAGGAUUCCCACAAUAUGCACAAAUGUAUCAAGAUCUUCAAUUUCCAAUUGACUUGAGCGGUGUUGAGAAAGACCACCCGUUUCUUGAGAAGGAUCAAUUACAAGCGCUUUAUAGGCGACUCGUCAUUCUCAAUCGUUCAGCCACAAUGCGUCUUGAUGGACAGUAUAGCCGUAAUGCCAGUAAUAAACGACGCGAGGACUCGGAUGAAGACGUCUGUGCAUUGAGUAAAAAUUGGACAUUUCAACCGGAAAUACGACGAUGGUCGAGAGUUGGUGAAAUGGGACCGUUGAGCUUGAAUUUGCCAAAGGGUGAAACAUCGAAAACAUCAUCACGCGAAUCAACGCCUGAAGAAUUCGAAUUAAAUGUACCGCAUAUGAACUUAGUUACUGCCAAUUAUUUGUCAGUGCCACCUGCUGUCAACUCACAAGCAACAGCACAAGACUCACCACAGGCUAAUAAUAAUAGCAAUAGUAAUAAUAAUAAUCUUAAACGAUCGGGAAGUGAGAGAUUGAGAGAUGGAGCAAAAAAUAUUUUACGACGUGUGGAGUCAAUUAAAUCACGUCGUAAGAAGAAAAAGAAUCGUGAAGGUGUCGUAAUUAGCGGACCAGUGCACUUAGACAUAAUGCAAUUACAUGAAAAAUUUCAAAAUCUCUCAUCAUCAAAAGACAUCAAGACGUGCCGAUCGAGUACAACAUCACCGCUUGUUGGAAGUCCCGUCAAUAAUUCACCAGCCCCGUUAUUUUUAUUUGCUGACCAAAAAAUAUGUCCCACGACUGAUUCACAUUCCGCUACCAUGUUUGGACAACAUUUAUCGCCAUAUCGCAAAGGUCAUCCAGCAUCGCGAACAAGUCCAUUGCACUUUUUCACAACGUCAUCAACACAACAGCGGAAGCAACAGCAGCCACAGCCAAAUGCUGAUGAUUCAUCGUCAUUAUGUAGUGAGGUCAGCUUAGACUCGAGUAACGAGAGUGCUGAGAAAAAAUUGUCGCCAAUUGGACGUUACUUCCAUCAUCAUCAUAAGAAGCAAGAUGAUGCACAGAUAAGUGGUGCAUUAUCUGAUACAGAAGCAUUCCAUGUAUCACGUUCACAGACCAAGAAGAAGUCAUCAAAAAGCAGCAGUAGCCAAAAGGCAAACACGAUAGCACGUGGCGGUGGAGGUUCCUUAAAUUUAGGUCGCGAUUCAAAUCGCUAUCGAGAGAAUCUAAAAUCACGUCGAAUGUUUCGAUCAAGAAGCGCCGUUAGACACUCGACUGACUGUAAUGAUAACGCUCAGGAUGUACAAGCAUCAGCAAAGAGUAGUUCAGUAGUGCGAUGGCACAGUUUUCGUGCAACAACAAAUACGAAGCGUGAUUUUAAUGACGUAGAAGGCGUGUCACUAUGUAAAUUAAGUUGUGGGCAAAUUGAAAAGCUGAGAAAGCUUGCACUAGUCACACUAACGGGUUACAUGGAAAGAUAUUGCCCGACACAUCGGACUGGCUGGAACUGGGAACUUCCAAAAUUCAUCAAGAAAAUCAAAUCACCCGACUAUAAAGAUAAAAAAGUAUUUGGCGUACCAUUUUCUGUCAUCUUACAAAAGACCGGACACACAUUGCCGAAAGGCAUUCAAGCAGCUCUCACAUGGCUCAAGAUAAAUGCAUUGGAUCAGGUUGGAAUUUUUCGCAAGUCAGGUGUGAAAUCGAGAAUUGCUAAAUUGAAGACAUCCAUCGAUCAAACGGAUGAGAAUAUAAUUAAAAUUUUUGAAGAUCAGCAAGCGUAUGAUGUGGCUGAUGUUGUAAAGCAGUAUUUUAGAGACCUACCUGAGUCUCUACUCACAACCAAAUUAUGCGAUACAUUUGUAUCAAUCUUUCAAUAUUUACCAGCUGAAGUUAAAUUUGAGGCAUUGCAGUCGGCAAUUCUUUUAUUGCCAGACGAGAAUCGAGAAGUUUUAUUGAUGCUGCUCGAGUUUCUUCAUCAAGUCGCUUCCAAAUCAGAAUACAAUCAAAUGUCACCGAAUAAUUUAGCCGUUUGCCUUGCACCCAGCAUCUUUCAGAAUGGUGUGCAUAGUAAUACACCUACCGCAUCGCCAAGACGAAAGCGUGCAACUGGCGUACCCGAUGCUAAAGAUUUAGACACAAAUCGUGCAUCGUCACAAUGUCUGACAUAUUUAAUCAUGAACUUCAAAAAAGUAUUUUUCAUCACAUGCGAGAAAAUCAACCGAUGUAAUUUUAGUUAUAUGGAAGAGUCACGUCCAGUAACACUUGAGGCACUUGGCGAUGCUGUUCAAUUAUCAAAUUGGCGAUCGUAUUUAUAUGAGUGCGUCAAGGCAACGAUAAAGGAAGGACGUGAAAAAUCGCGUGGAUGGAUUUCAAUUAAUUCAUUCGAUUCACUUACCGAAAUUUACUAUCGAAAAGUUGGUGAUGGACAUCCAUUAAAAUUAUGGAAAUGUGUAACUGAAAUUGACGCAAAUCCCAUCACAAUUAUGAGUCGUAUAACGAAGGAACGUCAUUUAUGGGAUAAGCAAUUGCUUAAAAUGAGAGUGAUUGAGCAGCUUGAUAGCAGCAGUGAUGUCUUUCAAUAUGCCUGCAGUUCUGGACACAUUGUUACCGAUUAUUGUGUGUUGAGAACUUCAUGUACAGAUCUGCCACGUGGAGCUUGCGUAACAGUCGAAAUAUCAAUCGAGCAUCCAGGCGCACCAUUAUUACUAAGUGGCGUACGUGGUGUUGUACUAGCUAGUCGCUAUUUAAUUGAGCCAAUUGGAAAUGGAAAAUCGCGAGUCAUGCAUUUAGCACGGGUUGACACAAAGGGACGAACGAUCGAAUGGUAUAAGAACUUUGGAUACAUUUGUGCACUCAAUUUGGCACGAAUUCGAGAUGGACUGAAAAUUAAAUAGGAAUUAAAGAAAAAAAUUAUAUUAACUUAAGUCAUUUACUUUGUUUGUUGAAAAAAAACUUCAUAUUUAAGUUAAUUUUAGAAUUAGAUAAAAAAAAUUGAAUAGAAAAUGAAAGGAAUUGUUUUGUAUUCGCUGAGUUACCUGAGAACCGAGUCUUAAUUUUUUUUAUUAUAUUAUAUUUUAUACACGCGACACAUUCGUACAUACAAGAAAAUGCUUAUAAAUUGAAAUUUGUGGGACCAAUCCUUGUCUUAUUCCAAUCGAAACAAUAGCAGAAGCAAUUGCGGAUUUGAUUUUGUGGUUGCUUCUAAUUGAAUUUUAAUCUGAUCAUGAAUUUUGAUUGAUUUGUUUGUAGAUUCAUAAAAUGAUGUUGAAUUCAAUUAGAUUGACUAGUCUGAACUUUGAUAAAGAUGCAAAGAAAAGUUUCUUUGGCUUUAUAAAACUUAAAAUUGGCAUUUUGCUGUUUGGGUUUAAGGAAUUAAGUAAUUUAAUUAUGAAAACAAUAAUUUUUCAAAAUGAGUAUAGGUUCAAAUCCUAAUUGUAACAGAAUAUACACAACCAUUGUAAUUGAAACCUUUUUGAUUUUUCAAAAAGUACUUUAGAGCACUUUGAUCUAAACUUAGCAGCUCCAGGCUGCUUUUUUUGGAAAAGUCUUGAGAAAUCUCCCCCAAAAUAGCAUCAAAAUAGAUAAUCUUAUCACCUGCCGCCAUCCAUAAAGCAACCAAAAUUCAUGAUUAGAUUAAAACUUCUUCCCUUUCCCGCUCCAAUAAGCAAAUUUAAUUUUACACACUCAAUCCAGUUUGCGUCAAUAAAUGACUUUUAAAAUAUUUCGCAUAAACAUUUCGUGCCUGCAAAACUCAUCAAAACUCGUUUCGAGAUAAUUUGCAAUAACAAUAAUUUUGAAAUGUUUAUUAUUUAUAAAUUCAAAUUAAUCGGAAUCAAAAUAGCAUGCAA